CUCAUGUUGAAGAGAUCCAAGGAAGCUAUAAAGAAGCAUUUGUGGAGCAUGAAAAGCAUUUCAAGGAAGAUGUCCUCCAGAAGUGGAAGGAUGCUCUCCGACAAGUUUCUACCUUGAAGGGUCUUGAUCUACCAAAGCGCUUGGAUGGGCAUGAGGCAAAAAAUAUUGAUCAUAUCGUGAAGAGAUUUCAAGAAGACUAAAUCGAACAAUGCUCAAUGUUGCCAUCCACCCAAUUGGUUUACAAUCUCGAGCGGAAGGGAUGAUUUCUUUGAUGGCUAACGAGUUAGAAGACAUACGCAUAGUUGGGAUAUAUGGGAUGGGAGGUAUAGGUAAGUCAACCAUUGCAAAAGAGGUUUAUAAUUGUCUGUUCCAGACAUUUGAAAGCAGCUGCUUCCUUGAAAAUGUUAGAGAAGCGGCCCAUUUCAAGGGUAUACCCUACUUACAAAGGCAACUUCUGACUGAGACCUCUAAAAAAAAAGCAUGAAAAGAUAUAUAAUCCUGAAAUAGGACUGAAUUUGAUCAUACAAAAACUACGUAACAAAAAGGUUCUUCUUGUAUUGGAUGAUGUUGAUAAACAGGAUCAAAUAAAUAAAAUACUAGGAAAAUGUGAUUGGUUUUCUCCAGGGAGUAGAGUGAUUAUAACUACUAGAAUGAAGGAUUUCCUAAAACCAUCUGAGAUGUAUUGGCAGUAUGAGGUUAACAAAAUGGGUGACAAUGAUUCUCUUCAGCUCCUAAGUUUACAUGCCUUUGGCAAAAACCAUCCCACCGAAGCCUACAUGGCUUGUGCUAAAAAAAUGGUUCACUAUUGCGGGGGAAUUCCUCUAGCUCUUGAAGUUCUGGGUUCUUCUUUGAGUGGCCAAAGUGUUGAUGUGUGGAAUAGCAGGUUGGAAAAACUGAAAGUGAUUGCCAAUGAUGAUAUUCAUGGCAAGCUUAAAAUAAGUUAUGAUUCUCUUGGUGAUUUUGAAAAGUUUAUAUUUCUUGAUAUUGCAUGUUUCUUCACUGGGUAUGAUAAGGACUAUGUCAUAAGCAUACUGGAAGAAUGCGGCUUCUUUCCGGUUAACGGCAUUAAUUCUCUGAUGAGGAGGUGUCUAGUAAAAGUUGGCUCUAAUAACAAGUUGUCGAUGCAUGAUUUGCUUCGGGACAUGGGAAGAGAAACCGUUCGGAAAGAGCAUGUUGUAGAUCCUGGAGAACGUAGUAGAUUAUGGCAUCAUGAAGAUGUAAUUGAUGUUUUAACAAAUAAAACGGGUACAAGAGCAGUUGAAGGCCUUGUUCUGAACAUGCCAGGAUUAAAACAGUACUCAUCGAGUACCAAGGUGUUCAAAAAGAUGAAAAUGCUAAGACUGCUUCAGCUCAACUAUAUACACCUAGCAGGAGACUACAAGCAUAUUUCUAGUAAGUUAAGAUGGUUGUGUUGGCGGGAAUUUCCAUUGGACUCUAUACCAUUUGAUCUCAGUCUGGAAAAUUUGGUUGCUCUUGAUAUACGCUAUAGCAACCUAAAUCAGUUUUUUGAGGAAGGAAAGUCUCUAAAGAAGCUGAAAUUCCUUAACCUUAGCCACUCUCACAAGCUUACUGAGACUCCUGACUUUGAAGGCUGCCCCAAUCUUGCGAAGUUGAUGCUCAAAGAUUGCAUUAGAUUGGAAAAGGUUCAUGACACCAUUGGACUUCUCAUUCAUCUUCUUUUCUUGAAUUUUCAAGAUUGCAAGAACCUUAAGAAUCUUCCAGGAAGCAUUGGUGGUUUAAGAACACUGGAGAACCUUAAUAUAUCAGGCUGCUUGAAACUGGAAGAGAUGCCUGAGUCCGUAGGACUACUAACUCACCUUAUUUUCUUGAAUUUACAAAACUGUGAGAACCUUAAGAAACUUCCAGGAAGCAUUGGCAAUCUAAAAUCACUUCAGGAGUUAAACAUGUCAGGCUGCUUAAAACUUGAGGAAUUGCCUGAGUCCACUGGAUUUCUAAUUUGCCUCAUUUCAUUGAAUUUGCAUGAUUGCGAGAACCUUAAGAAUCUUCCAGGGAGCAUUGGGGAUCUAAAGUCACUUGAGAAGCUAGACAUGUCAGGCUGCACAAAACUUGAAGAUUUGCCCGAGUCCACUGGACAUUUCACUUCCCUUCUUUUCUGGGAUUUGCAAGACUGCAAGAAUCUUGAGAAUUUUCCUAGAAACAUUGUUGGUCUGAGAUCACUUAGGGAGCUGAACAUGUCAGGCUGCUCAAAAGUCAAGGAAUUGACUGAGGAUUUGGGGAAUUUGAAAUCCUUGGUUGUGCUUAAUCUCGAUGGUACUGCAAUAAACAUCCUACCUGAAACAAUUAGAAAUAUGAAAAAUCUUGAAAUUUUGUCUUUAUCUGAAUGUCCUCUUAUCUUUUCACCCGAAAACUGUCCUCAGAUCAUCAGCAUUUUACCUUUUUCUUUAAAAGAGUUGGAUAUCAGAUAUUGUAACAUAUUAGAUGGUAUAAUUCCCCAUGCUUUUCGAGGCUUGUCUUCUUUGAAAGUGCUGAAAUUAUGUGGCAAUGGUUUCACAAGCUUUCCAGCUAGUAUCAUUAGCCUUCCUAAUCUUGGACAGCUUCAUUUAAAUUCAUGCAAAGGGCUUCGAUCUAUACCCCAACUUCAGUCAAGUGUAAACGGUUUGUAUGCUAAUGAUUGUUUGUCAUUGGAAAGUAUUAAUCUAACAAAUUUUCAUGGGGAAUCAGCUCUGGAGGUCAAAGGUUGGGUGAAUUUAAAAGGAAUUGAAGGCUUUUUCAACUUGGAACCAUUGGAAGUUGAUAUUGCUGGAAAACUUCUUGGAAGCAAUAGCUCAUUCAUCCAGGAAUCAGUUACAAACUAUUCUGUCCGCAAAAUUGACAAUCUUGUAGUAGCCAAUGCGAUGUGUCCACUGCAGGCUCUUUCUGAGAGGGGCUUAUACAGCAUCUUCCUACCAGGAAAUGAGAUUCCAACGUGGUUCGGCGAUCUACAUAAAGGCAAUAUUGUAUCCUUUAACGUGCCUCGACUUGAUCCAGGUUCAACCAUCAUUGGAGUUGUUACAUAUGCUACUUACGCAUGGGGAAGAUAUCAAACGGACCUCCUAACAAAACAGAAAUCUUGUUACACUUGUCCUCUUCUCACGAUCACUAAUAAAACCAAACUGUUUGAAUGGAUCUAUGAUCCUCAUAUCACCUUCUUUUCAAGAGAUGUUGAGCAAGAUAUCAGUUGGUUGUGCUAUUGGAUGUUUGAUAAUCAUAAAAGGGGAACUGAUCAAUAUGAUGGGGGUUGGCGAUUUAAGGAUGAGUUGGAAGAAGGGGAUGAAGUGGAAUUUUCUAUUGACUUGGGUUUUGGAAUUAAUGUAAAAAAGUGUGGCAUCCACUUGCUUUACCAGGCUAAAGACCAUGGCUCACAAUCAGAUGAUCUAGCAAUCGUUUCUUAUGCCUCAUCCAGACAUCAUAGAAGGUUCUUACGAUCUCGUCCUCGAUUGUUAACAAUGAAGAGCAACCAAGAAAUAACAGUUGAUACAGGAACUCCCAUCAUGGAUAAGGAAUUUUUGCAGUGGACAAAGUAUAGGGAUCAAAAAUCGGACGAGACUGUUGUUAUGAAUAGGACAAUAUGAAAGAGGCUAACUGAAUAGGCUAUCAACCUGAAAAUAAGGAUCUGGAAGCUUCCUUACCAAGUUUCUCCAUUUGGUGGAUUUGCAAAUACUUCUGGCAAGGGGAAUUAGGAAGGUAUUUUUAUGUGGUUCUAGAAUCAAAGAUGAGUUUGGAAGAGAUUUAGAGGUCAAAACGUGAAGAAUACAGGGCCAGAAGCAGUACACGGGCCGUGUAACCUGCCUCGUGUAACUUCCUGGACCCUGUGCAACUCUCUGGACUGAAGAAAACUUGAAAAAUGAAGUGACAGAAAGUUACACGGGGCGUGUAUCACUACACGGCCUGUGUAAAGUCCCCUAACAACAAUUCUGAUAUGGCUUUUCUUGCUUCCAACCCUACUCGGAUGGACCCCUAAUGCUUCUAGCACUCUGAAAUUAGGGUUUUUACACCAGAUAUAAAUAUAACAAGUCAAGAAUUGAGAAGAGGAGCCAAUUUACAUUCAAGGAUGCACAUCAACUUCAAGGGAGGCAAGGGAGAAACAAUAUCUGCAAGAUUGCUAAAGGAGAUUUUCAGCUAAAGUUCUAAAAGUCCAAGGCUGCAACACUCUUUCUAGAUUCUUUUACUCUAUUUUCUUCUCUUGUCUUCUCUUUAUCUUUUUAUAAACUUGAUUGUAAAACUCAUAAUGUGUGAGUAGUCUCUUUAUUCUAUGGUUAGGGUGUAGCACUCUCAAUUUAAUUAUGGAUAUGAUUUGAUUUUAUGUAAUAUAUUGGGGGUUUUGUUCUUUGAUUCAA